AUGGAAAGAUAUACUAUCAAAGAAGCGUAUUUCCACCCAAACGACAUGAUGGGCGACAGACACAAUUUCGUUAUCUACGAAGAUCCCCGACCAGACCCAAAGGAUGACGCAGAAAGAGAAAGCAUCUUAGGCAAAGUGGAAAAGGACUUGACUAAACAUCUCAAAACCAAGAUUAGCCUUAGUUUCGGAACCUUUACCCUCUUGGAGACGCGAAACUUUUACAACAAGGUAACGACUUCAGAUAAGAGACUACUUGUGGGAAAGUGGCUUGAGGCUUGUGUAGGAAGGGAUGAUAAGUGGUUAUUUGAUCAGAAGAAGAUCUUGGAUUUUCUUCAAUGGCCAUUCAAGUGCCCUGGAUGCCAAAUUGUAAGGCUCUCCGACGGCUUUGCAUACAACAAGUUCACUCUUGACGUGCCUGAAGAUGGGGUUUCUGAACCUGUAUUGAGAAGCAGGGCCUGUUGCACCGGAUGUCCAGCAUUGAGGACAUCAGCUUAG